GUGGCCACGCACCUUCAUCGCCAUCGCCCUCAUCUGACCCACGCUCCUUAAACUGCUGCCUGGGACUCUCAGCAGCUCUUAAGCCCGCUUCUCGUCGACCUUGAUCCCCGAAAGCGCAAGGACAUCAACUACAGCAACCAUGGAGCUCUCCGACAUCUUCCGCAUUGUCAACUUGGCUGUUGGCGUCAUCACCCUUUUGGGUGGUAUCACGCACAUCUUCCAGUUCAGCAUGCAACCUAUCAUUGUCGGCUGCUAUAUGAUUGUUUUUGGUCUUGUCAUCGGCCUUCUUGAGUUCCAGAUUCCUCCCCAGGUGUCGCGACACGCCUCUUUCCUCUUCUCCUUCAUCGGCCGUGGUGUCUUCUACAUCUUCCUCGGCUCCCUGCUCCUCGGCGAGCUGGUUAUCAGCAAGAUUGCCGGUAGCAUCGUCGGAAUCACCGGUAUCGCAUAUGUCGCCCUCGAGUUCCUUCCCUCCAUUGAGCCCCCCAGCAACAUGCGCGAAGCCGAGGACGCUGGCUGGGGUGCCGAGCAGGUCUAGAGCGCCAAUCAACAAAGCUUGCCCACUGAGGGCGCGCCUCAGACCUGAGCGCAUAAACUGCCUCGCAACGACCAUCUGCAGCGGCCGAAUAACGAUGCCAAGAUGUAACAAACACGGUGACUUUGGAGGAAUCAGGAUAGGACUCUUCCAUGAGGUUGGGAAUGGGAAGAGACGGCAGUAGUGGAUUGUGUAUUUUUACGACUCACAGGCGGAGUUCAAGAGUUGUCUUCGAUCGAACCGGGUUCGGCGAUUGGGAUUACGGGACUGUUAGUGUAUGACGUUAAAGAAUAGAUGCUUUUUUGCAUUCGUCUAGUUCUAUAUACUCGUCUUCUCGACAA